CUGGCCCUCCCAGGCUUCCUAGAGCGGCCGCCGAGGCCCGAGGCUGCGACGCGCUUGCGCGCCCAGAGGGCUGUGAGCGGCGCUGGGUGUGCGGUGCGGACGGAGGGCCGGCGCUCCGGAGCCGCGGGGCCGUGACGUCUGAUGUCCCAGCAAAUGGCAUUGUCCACUACGGUGCCGGACAGACACUCCCCACGUCCUCGCAGCGGCCCGGCUCACAGGCUUGGCUUGCACUCUGCGGCGGACACCUGAGCAGGAGCGAUGCCUCCGGGCAGGUGGUAUGCCGUCCACCCAGCGCAGGCCCGGGCCUCAAGGGAGCGAGCACGCCUUCAGCUGGUGAAGAAGGAGGAAGAGGAUGAAGGCUACGCUGCGGUGCAGGCUCCUAGGCCCCAGACACUCAACCUUGCUGGCCAGGAGCUGUUCCGCCAGCUCUUCAGACAGCUUCGCUACCACGAGUCUCCUGGGCCCCUGGAGACCCUGAGCCGGCUCCGGGAGCUCUGCCGCUGGUGGCUGAGGCCCGACGUCCUCUCCAAGGCUCAGAUCCUGGAGCUGCUGGUGCUGGAGCAGUUCCUGAGCAUCCUGCCCGGCGAGCUCCGCACCUGGGUGCUGCUGCACCAGCCGGACAGCGGCGGGAAGGCGGCGGCCCUGCUGGAGGAGCUGCGGAGGGACCUCGGGGGGGCACCCUGGACGGACCCAGCCCCUGCCCAGAGGCCAGAUGUACAGUGGAUGGGCACAGGAGCCCUGCGAGCCACCCAGAAAUGGCCCUCUGCUUCGCCUCCCAGGAGCGGCUCUGCCCCCGGGGACCGCCUGGAGCCUCCCCAUGAAACAGGCGUGCGUGACCUCCCGGCUGGGCCAUCCGAUCCUCCCGCUGCCCAGGUGCCUGCCCUUCCCCGGGAAGAGGGCUGCCCAGGAGACCAGCCUCAGGAGGCUCUGACUUUCAAGGACGUGGAGGUGACCUUCUCCCAGGAUGAGUGGGGAUGGCUGAGCCCCGCUCAGAGGAACCUCUACAGGGACGUGAUGCUGGAGAACUACGGGACCUUGGCUUCCCUGGUGGGGCCACUCGACAAACCUGCUCUCAUCUCUUGGUUGGAGAAAAGGGAGCCGUGGGGCCUGAAUGUCCAGAGAGCCCAGCCUAAGGCGAAGCCAGGUGCUGCCCCGGCAGGUGAGUUCCAGAGAACCUUCCAGAUCCUGCUCCUCCGGCAUCUGUCCUCUUUCCUACGACCUUUCACACCAAGAGGGGAGCUCCAGAUGAAAUCCAGCAAGCUCAUCUUGAACUCCAAGCCUUUGGAAGAAGCUCAGGCCUUAGCCGUGUCGUCAGGAUGCCGUGUGAUGAGUGUUUCUGAGGAGACGGGGCCCCGAGAACCCGUGGCACAGAAGAGCCCAUCGCAGGAGGGUAGUGGAGAUCCCACACCCGUGAGCGCUAAGAAGAAAGAGGCCGGUGUCAGUGGCAGCACAGGAAAGGAAUCGGAGGACUCAGCAGGCGGUAACGGUGUCAGCCUCAGACACACUGUGUGUUUCCGAGUUCCCAGGAGAAAAAAGAAGCAUGGCCGCGGCCGGCACUUCAGAGGCGGCUCGUACCACUGUGACUACAAGGAGUUCGGGAAAGGCCUCAGGCUCACGCUCAGCGGGUUUAACCUGCACCAGAGACUCCACGCCGGGCGGAACGCCCCCUCGGAGGCGGCGCAGGGGGAGGCCUGCGGCCUCAGCCCGCAUCACCCAGGGAGCCUUCAAGCGGCGGGGGCUUUCUACAGGUGCGCCGAGUGUGGCAGGACCUUCAGCCGCAGCUCCUACCUCGAAUGCCACCGGAGACUUCACACGAAGGAGAAGCCGUUCAAAUGCCGGGUGUGCGGGAGAGCCUUCCGGUGGAGCUCCAACCGUGCGCGGCACGAGAGGAUCCACACCGGCCUGAAGCCUUAUAAGUGCAGCCUGUGCGGCAAAGCGUUCCAGCGCCUGUACGCCUACCACCUGCACCAGGAGUCCCACGCCAACCAGCUGUACCUCAAAGCCAGGCGGUGCCAGGAGGCGCUCGCCUGCGGCCCCUGGCUGGGCCACCACGUGCAAGACCGGGGCGGGGAGAAGCGCUUCGACUGCAGCCAGUGCAGGAAAUCGUUCCGCUGCAAGUCCUACAUCCUCCAGCACCAGAGGAUCCACACCCAGGAGAAGCCCUACAAAUGUCCCGAGUGCAGGAAGACCUUCCGGUGGAGCUCCAACUUCUCCCGGCACCUGAGGAUGCACCAGGAGGAGAAGCUCUGCCGCUCCGCAGACCAGGGCGGCGGAGACCCGAGGGAGGCCCCCGGCUGCAGCCAGCCCCAGAGCGAGCCCCAGAGCGAGGCCCCCGCGGAGGGCGCGUUCCCGGGCCAGCCGUGCGGGCAGGCCUUCACCGGGAGGAAAGCCCUCCUGACCCACCAGCGAGCCCACACGGGCGAGGAGCCGAGCCCGGGCGGGGGAGGCGGGGGAGGCGGGGGAGGCGGGAAGGAAGUCACGCACAGGCCCAAGCUGAUCGUGCGGAGGAGGCAGCGGGCCCCGGACAGGAGCCCCGAGGACCCGGCCCCCGACAGCCAGGACCCGGCGCCCCAGGCCCCUCCUCCGGGCAGCCCGGCCGCCGACAAGCCCUUCCGGUGCGGCCAGUGCGGGAAAGGCUUCCAGAACCAGUCCUUCCUCUGCAUCCACCAGCGGGUGCACACCAGGGAGCGGCCGUACCAGUGCAGGGACUGCGGGAAAGCCUUCCGCUGGAGCUCCAACCUCUCCCGCCACCAGAGGAGCCACUCGCUGGGGAAGCGCAUCGCCUACUACACCUCGAUCGCGCAGGCCCAGGCCCUCGAGGCCGAGAGGAAGGCCUUCCGCUGCCAGGAGUGCGGCAAGAGCUUCACCCGGAAAAGGAGCCUCUUGGAUCACGAGGGGAUCCACAGCGGGGAGAGGCGCUACAAGUGCAGCCUGUGUGAGAAGUCCUUCGACCGCAAGUACCGCCUGGUGAACCACCAGAGGACCCACGCGAAGGACAAGUGCGGGAGGGACUUCCUGGCCAAGCACAGCCUCUGCGUCCGCCAGCGGAGGCAGCCCCGCGCGGCGCCGGCGGCAGGCAGCCCGGCCGGGCCGUCCCCCCCUCCGGACAGCGGGCCGUCCCCCCCUCCGGACAGCGGGCCGUCCCCCCCUCCGGACAGCGGGCCGUCCUCCCCCGGGGACAGCGGGCUGAGUCUGCAGGCGCCGGCCGGGGGCGGGGAGCGGGCCUCCGGGCCCGGCGCCCCCCAGGACCUCUCCGAGGCCAAGAAGCGCCACGAGUGCGGCACGUGCGGGAAGGCCUUCGGCAAGAUCUCCCAGCUCAUCAGCCACCGGCGCUUCCACACCCGCGAGCGGCCCUUCCAGUGCACCCAGUGCGGGAAGACCUUUCGCUGGGCCUCCAACCUGGCCCGGCACACGAAAGGCCACGUCGGCGAUUAGCGUGGGGCCCGGCGGAGGGACCUGGGGGACCUCAGACGGAGGCGCUGCGGGAAAGCGUGCCCAGAAGGCCCGGCCCUUUUUAUCCUGAAAGCUGGUCGCAGAGGAUCCCGAGGAUGAAAACACUCCGAUGCCCCUCAUUUUACCCGCCGGGAAAGGAGAUGUUCUUUGGGGACCUUCCGGAGACUCAGGCCCUCAGGAGUGGCCUUUGUGCCGUGGCCUGGAGAGCCCCAGGCACGUUUUUCCCCCAUA